GUUAUAAACUCAAGAACACUAUUCAACGAAACAAAAAAUCGAUCAAUUGUUCAAAAAAUUAUUUUACAAAUAAAUUGUAAAAUUGGAGGAUCAUUGUGGACCGUAAAAAUACCCUUCAAGAAUGUAAUGAUCUGUGGAAUAGACUCUUAUCAUGAUCCGAAUCAAAAGGGUAACUCUGUGGCUGCACUUGUAGCUUCUCUAAACGCAUCCUAUACACAUUGGUAUAGCAAAGCUGUAAUUCAAUCUAAAAAGGAAGAACUUGUUAAUGGACUUACAUCAUCUUUUGAGGCUGCUCUAGAGAGCUAUAAGACCCGAAAUGGUCAGCUUCCAGACAAAGUAAUUAUUUACAG